UUGAAAGCACAAAUCUCUAUUUUAGCAGCUGAUCUUUGUGCGCAGCUUGAGAACCCUCCUCCACCGUCUUUCUUCCAAACGCUCGCAAACAUCAAAAGUCAAGUCGUGAGUUACCUCGGCCUUGAUUCGUCGCUUGAUUUGGAACGACCAGAACCCAGCGAUUCUGGUGUGAUUGCUGGAAAUAGGAGAAUUUUCGUGCAGUGUACACAGUACCUGGUGUCCACUGCGACCCUCAAAAAUUUUGUGCUAAUUCUUUCACAUGCCAGAGAUGAUUGGCAUGAAUAAUU